AUCGGUGCCACCAAAUGAGUCCUGAUCCCUGCUCUGUCACGGUCUGCACUGCAGCAGCCUGUACUCCCCGGGGGUGGCAGGUUGGGGGCCAGGCUCUGGCAGUGCUGCGGGGGCAGCGGGCGAGGUGAGGGGGAACAUGGUGGCAUCUGGCAGCGCCACCCCCGUGCUGCACUCUCGCUUCCUCCUCCAGCAGCAGGGGAGCAGCGGCCGCCGGGAUGCCAGAGUCCCACCUUGGCUGGGCUGUUUGGUGAAGGCAGCAUCUUCCCCUCAGCAGCGGGGGUCUUGCUUCCCCAUCCCUGCGUGUUCCUGGCUGGCUCCCGCUUGGAAAAGCCCAGCACCUUCCCCGCAGCCUCGGUCUUGCCCGUGCAUUGGGCUCCCCAGGCUGAGAGGUGCCCUUGUCACCCGGGUUCGCCUCCGUCCCAGAGUAACUGCCCUGCAGCUCUUGCCUGGCCUUGAGCCGGGCUACGAGGACACAGCAGGUGCCUGCAGGGUCCUGCCGCAGCAGGGAAGGGGGGUGCAGCCCCUGUGCCUGGCUCCCCUGGGGGGGCGGCUGGCUUGGCAGCUGCUGUGGCUGCGCGCUGCAGCACAGGAAGCGGUGGAGGAAAGCAGAAGUGCUGGGGGAGAUUUUGGGUUGAACCCUCGUUUCCUCUGCGCGUUGGAGCUGCUGGGGCUCAGGCCGGACUGUACCCAGCGUGAGCGCCCUGUCCGUGCCGUGCCUGCCCUCCCCUCGCCACCCCCCAGCGCCUCCAGACCCCAAAUCCAGCAGCAGGCAGGUGGUGGCGGGUCUGCAAGGGGAUGGGGGACUGGAGCAUGCCCAUCGGCUCGCUGGGCGAGGAGGUGGUGGCCCGACUCUGCGAGCUCCUGGAUAAUGCCAGCCGGGGCUGGCGCAAGCUGGCUGAAGUGGCCGGGGCAGAGAAACGCUUCAAGUGCAGUAUGGAGGAGCUGGAGAUGUGCUCGCUGAAGGUGUUGGAGCCCCGCGGCAGCCCCACGCAGUGCCUCCUGCAGCUCCUGGCCGAGCGUGAGUGCACCCUCAAGUACCUGCUGGGCUGCCUGGAGAAGAUGGGGCACACGCAGGCCUGCCAGGUCCUCAGCAGCGCCGUCCAGAGCAUGAUCCGCAUCACAGUGCAGCCAGAGUUGCAGGUGGUGACGGAGGGGACGCGCCUGUCCCUGACCUGCUGGGCGACCGGCCCGCCGGGGCUGGUGUACCAGUGGUUCUGCGGGAGGCAGGAGGUGCCUGGAGCCACGGCGCCGGAGCUGGUGAUCGACACAGCCGCCGCGCCGGGCCAGCCCCGGUGGUACAUCUGCCGUGUGAACUGCGGGGCCACCUUCGCCUUCUCCAGGUGGACCCAUGUCCAGAUGCAGAAGAGCAGCAGCCCCAGUUCAGCCAGCGGUUACUGCCCAACCAUGGCAGGGCUGCAGAUCCUGCGGCAACCACGGCCGUGUCACCUGGCUGAGGGGGACACGCUGGUGCUGGAGUGCAGAGCCAUCGGCAACCCCCCGCCCCAGUACCAGUGGUUCAGGAACCGGCGCCCCGUGGAGGGUGCGCAGGCACCCCAGCUCCAGGUGAAGCUGGUGACGACGGCCGAGCGGGGCAGCUACUCCUGCCGCGUGUUCAACCUCUUCCACGAGGUGUGGAGCCAAGAAGUGGACGUGGAGAUCGGCCCACGGCUCUUUGCCUCUGGAGGCUCCUGGCAGGAGGGGGAUGGAGGCUCCCUGGAGCACGGCAGCCCCGGCCAGCUAUAUGCCACCGACAAAGUGGCGCUGCUGAUCGGCAACAUGCACUACCUGCACCACAAGCAGCUGAAGGCACCCAUGGUGGACGUGCACGCCCUCGGCGCCCUCCUCCGCCAGCUCGACUUCAAGGUGGUCUCGCUGCUGGAUCUGUGCAAGGCAGAGAUGCAGAUGGCUGUCAACGAGUUCCUCCUCCUCCUCGACAAGGGUGUCUACGGUUUGCUCUACUAUGCUGGGCAUGGCUAUGAAAAUUUUGGCAACAGCUUCAUGGUGCCCAUUGAUGCGCCCAGCUCCUACACCUCGGCCCACUGCCUGUGCGUGCAGCGGGUGCUGCGGAGCAUGCAGCAGCGCCACACCGGCCUCAACAUCUUCCUGCUCGACAUGUGCCGCAAGAGGAACCUCAACGACGACAUCAUCCCGCAGGUCGGGGCGCUGCAGGUCACGGCAAACAUCGUCUUCGGCUAUGCCACGUGCGCAGAUGCCGAAGCCUACGAGCUGAGCCAGGGCGAGCUCUCCAAUGGCAUUUUCGUCACCUUCCUCAAGCGCUGGUUGAUGGAGGACGAGAAGAUCACUGUGCUGCUGGACAAGGUGGCUGAAGACAUGGGCACGCUGGAGAUCACGCGGGGCCGGCAGGCGCUGGAGCUCCGCAGCAACCUCUCGGAGAGACGAGCUCUGACGGACCCCAUCUGUCCCCCGGGCCAGGAUGAGUCCUCCGCUAGGAACCUGCAGUGGGCCAAGGCUCACGAGCUGCCAGAGAGCCGCCACCUCCGCUUUGACUGCGGCGUCACCGUCCAGCUGGGCUUCGCCGCCGAGUUCUCCAACAUCAUGAUCAUCUACACCCGCGUGGUGGCCGCCCCCGAGGACAUCGCCAAGUGCGAGGCCAAGCUCACCGACAUACCCGAGGAGCUGGAUGUGGACCUGAAGUGCAUCAACAAGGAGAGCCCGGAGGAGGUGGGCAGCCCGCUGGCGCCCACCUGGAGCCUCGGCUGCCCCUCCUGCUGCCUCUACAGCCGGCUCUGCGGCUUGCAGAAACUGCGGGAGCUGGCCUUCACCGUCUGCCUGCAGUACCGCUACCGUGGCAUGGAGGACUUCGUGGAGGAGAGGCGGACGGUGAGCGUGGGGAAACCGCUCAUCGCCAAGCUCAACCUGUGGCUGGUGGCUUCCCCGGCAUCGCCCGGCAGCCCCCUCUCCACCUCUCCCCCCGAGAGCUGGGGGGCGGCGGGGAGCUCCUGGGUCAACACCCCCGAGGAGAACCUGAGCCCUGAUGUCCCCGGAUCCCAUGCGCUGUAGCGGGACAGCGCAGCCCCCUUGUCACCGCAGUCCCCUGGGGCCACGUCUGUCCUGCUGGGGGGGCUGGGGGGCUGGAGGGGCAGAGGUGAGGUGGGUGGAGGUGGGCGCCGGGAGGGGGUGAGCCCCAUCCUGGCUUGUGCCAGGGGGUGUGGGGCUCGCUGCACGGCACGGCUGGGACCCCUGGGGCGGAGGGCUGCAGUCAGUGUCAGCCCCACGUCCCCUGGCACAGCAGCCCCAGCCCCACGUGCCGGACCACAGCCCCGCAGCCCACGAGCAGAGCGGCCAGACCCCACGGCUCGGCUGGUGCGAGGCGUCACGCCGGGGCAGGGUUGGGUUCAUUCAGGCCUAGGAGAAAUAGAGAGAAAUAAGCAGAUUAGGGGGCAAAUCCCAUGGGAGGGGAUUAGAGGUGGUGGGAGUGGGAGGGCUCCUGCUCUGCCACGAGGGGCUGGGAGAAAAUCCUGGUGCCCCCAGUGCUCCCAGUGGCACCCAAUCCUCCCAGUGCAACCCUGGGUGCAGGACUGUGCCGGUCUUGUCCAAGCAGCGAGCACUUUCAGGACAGGAUUGGGAUCUAGGGGGGAAAAAAAUGCCGAUUUGCUUGGAUUUUUUUCCCAAAUAUGGCCCCAUGUGCUGGCGGCCACAAAUGAUGUGGGGCGCACUCCAUUGAGUCUCAGCCGGGGAAAGCACCAAUAAAGAGGGAAGGGCAGGUGGCUCGGUGCUGCUGUGGCUUUCCUGCCCUGAAAUGGCUUUUUUUUGGCCAGAAAUACUGCCUGUUUCUGCACCAAGCACAGCACAGCAUCAGGGCGCCCAUGGGAGGGAAGGGGCAAACACCCCCCUCCUGUGAGGGUACCCUGACAUCCCCUGCCACCAAGCCUUGGGGUGCACCAGGGCCCCCCCUGCAAAUUAGCUCAUUUAAAUAAUUUGCAUAACUCCCCAGCUCCAGGGACCCAAGGAGAUGCGUCCUCAUCCCAGGGCCUCUCAGUGCCUUGGCUUUCGGGUGGCGGUUGCGAGGCUGGGGGGGCAGCACCCUCGCCCCAAUUAGGCUCCAAUCAAACAGGUCAGGGGGUGCCGAGCCUCCCGCUCCCCACGCCAGCCGGCCUUUGUUGGCGCUCGGGAGGCCGAGGGGUGCCCCGGGCUGGCGCCAGCCUUGGCAAUUAUGUCAUGUGAAAAGCGCAGCCCCCAUUGAGCGCGUCCCUUCCCCUGGAUCAAACCCCAUUACUUCCGCGGCCGUUGCUUCAUUAUCUCUCUGCCGGAGCACGCCGCUGCCGGGGCCGCUUCACCUCAGCCCUGGCCCAUUAGCCGGGCUGGGGAGCUGGGGGACCAUCGAUUAUGCGUUUAAUGGGUUGUUAAAGGUUUAAUUGUCACUAACGAAGCAGAUGAGCAGCAGCAGCCAGGGGACAGGGGACGAGGAGAAGGGUCUCGCUGGGGUCAGUGCCUCUCCUGGCCCGGUGGCAUCCCGGCCGGUCCCGCCAGCCCCUGGGGCUGUGGGGUUGGCAGAGUCCAGCCCCACGGCUGUUGCAUUGGGGUGAGACCCCCGGGGUGGGGGGCUGUGGCCAGGGGUGCUGGUGCUGAGUGCAGCCUGGCCCAUGCAGGGACACGGUGGGGAUAGGGCUGCCCCAGCAAAGCUCUGGUGUGUGGUGGCCAUCGGCUCUGAGGUGGGAAGAUUUUCUGGGGAAACAGAAACAGGACAGUGCUCGCCUUGCUCCCCUGGGGACCUGGGGAACACCAGGACACCCCAGGGACCCGGGGAACACCAGGACACCCUAGGGACCUGCGGCCACCAGGACACCCCAGGGACCCAGGGCACUUGCUCGCCCAGGGCUUCUUGCUGUCCUGGCCGUGCUUUAGCCCCUCAAGCCACCAUGAGCUCAGCCAUCUCCACCAGGGCUGUGCUGGCCCUCACCACCACUGUGAGGGUGCUGGUGACGCUGGCUGCGCCCUGAGCCCCGGCAGGCAGCGGACAGGGUCCCCCAGGGCUGCAGAGCCACGCUGGGGAACCCUGGGGAUGUGGCACCUUGUCACCACCACCCUGCUCCCACCUAGCAGGAGCCGCUGGCAAGGGGUAACUGGAGCUUCGGCACUCACUGCCCCCUGCCAUGAGGACCCCAGGGCUCCCAGCCAGCCCCCUCCUCUUGCCAGCCCCAGCCGGGGGCCAUGGGGGUCCUGCUGCCGCCCACCCUCCCGCCAGCACAAUUACAGCAGCUCUGUGCCACCAACAUGUGGCCAGGCGGGCACUGCUGGGGACCAAUUAGGGCAGGUGGGCAGCAGGCGCAGCCCCCGGGGGACGGCCGAGCAGAUGCCCCUUGAUGAGCCGCCGAGGCCAAUCUGUGGCACAAGGCUGGUCCCAGCCCGCAGCCGGGGUCACCGGUGCCUGGCCCCAGCACCAGCCCGAGGGAGCAGGAUGGGAGGGUGCCCGGGGACGAUGCUCCUGCAUCCCCCAGAAAGCUCCUUCCCGGCAGCACACUAACGAGCAGCACCGCUAAUGAGCGGCACAGCGGGCAGGGUCCCGACUCCAGCAUGCGGCAUCCGUUCAGCUUAUCUCUUUACUCACGAUACAACCGUCUUCUCCGUGCCAGCGCACCAACCGGCACAACCGGCACCGGACCUUGACGUGGCUAAAAUAUCCCCCCAAAUACUCCCUAUGAAACUAGA